UGGGCUUGGGUGUGUAAGGUGCUGGGCGGAAAGUGGGUGCCGAGGUCCUUGUCUCUUACUUCUUCGUCUGCCUCCAGCAGGGCUGUGUGGAGAGGCUCAGCGGAAAGGGUGGGAGAGAUUGUUCCCUUGGGUGCCAGACUGCCAGUAAAAGGUUCCAUAAACGUGGGCAAGUGGUGGGAUAGAGCAGCCCAGCUCUGCCAUGCAUGCCUUAGACAGGAUGCAGCAGCAGCUGUAGAACAUCCUCCCGCAACUCCAUAGCUGCAGGAGGGGAUAAGACCAGGCUUUGUUUGUUUCUUCAUAUCUAAAUUAUGUCACUGGGAAUUAAGAAUUUUAAAGUUGACAUUGAGUGCAAGUCAUGUGGAAUAUGAUCAGGAUAUAAUGAGCAGGUAUUGUAGAUAAGGACAGUCUGGCUGUAUGCAAACUAAGUAAAUAAUAAUAAUUUGAUAUGCUUGGCUACUCUGAGGACAAUACUGAUGAUGAGCAAGAAGAUUUGCCUUAUGAUGGAGAUCUACAAAAUACAUAUCAAAGCAUUUGUGAUUCAGAAAACUUAGAAGAUAUAACUUCUGUAGAAAAUGCUCCCCAAGGUUUGUUCACCAUGACAUCUCAAAUUUGCAAUCAUUCAAAAGAAAAAUUAGACUGUAAAACACAACUGUCUCAAAAGAAAAUAAAUCUAACAUCAUUGACAAGGGAAUUUACCAUAACAACAGAGAAGGAAUUACCAUCUGGAGAUUUUAGGAAUUCAGGAAGUAAUCAACAUUUCUCCUGCUCAAAAAUGUCAGAUGUCCUUUUACGUCAUUUUCCCAAAGAAUUCUCAACUUCAUGCCAGUUAAUUGAUUCUGAGACUAUCCCAGAUAUAUCAUUUACAGAAAGUUUUAAUGAAACUAUUUUAAAUAAAAUCAAGAAUUCAGAAAGUGCAAGGACAUCUUUGCCAAAGGAAGAAGGAACAAAUACUCUUGAAUGCUAUAAUUCAGAAAGAGAGGGGAAGUGUGAGUCAAUUGAGAGUUUUGAUUUGAUAGAUGGAGAUCAGUUUGGAACAGAUGGCAAAACUAAUCUCAGUUAUGACAGAAAAAAAUACAAAGCAGAUAAUCAACAAUUUGUAACUCAGAAAGAAGAAGAUGCACAUGAUGAAGAGCUAAAUUAUUUCUCUAACCCCAAAGAAACAUACGGAGAGCAAAAAUGUUUUCUUGAAAUGACUAGUUCUUCUAAUCAGCUCAAGUAUGGUCAACAUCAAGUUCAUUAUCGUCUUCCUGAUUUCUCUAAGAUUGCUCCAAAAGUCAAAAUACCCAAAGGAAAUAAUAGUAAAUCAGCCUCUGUAAUUAAAAAAACCAAAUCUUCCCCAAAUUUGCUUGGUAAAUCAGCAAUUAUAGAAGAUGUUCUAGAAGCAAUGAAUGUGGAAUCUGUUGCAAUGAAGAAUCAAGAAGAGGAAAUAAGGAUUUCUGAACUUGACCAACAGCUAGAGCUGCUGACAAAACAAGCUGAGGCUCAGAAUCAUAUUGAUCAUCUAAGGUUUAAUACCAAGCUACUUCCUUGCUCAAAUUCCUGUAGCCCAAACACUUGCAUUAAAACACGAGGUCCUGGAGUAACUUCUGACAUUUCUACAGUUCCACCUAUAACUGUUCCUGUGAAGUCCAUGCUCAGUUUUCUCCAGUCACCUUGUUCAGAACUGCAGGCUCAAAGAAUGGUCUCAUCAUUAACAUCAGCUGGUGCAGCAAAUCAAGCAUCUGUGAAUCCUCCUCCGCUGCAAAGAGCAACAGAAGGCGAAAAUAUUUCUCAGAUGUUAAAGGAGCAGACAGAAGGGUUAAAAACAAAAGUGGAAAAUUUCUCUAAAUAUAUGACACAGGAUAUGUUUCCAAUACACGAAUGCCACCAGCUUGUAGAGCGUUUUAAAGAGCAACUUGGCCAACUGGAACUGAACUACUUAGCCAUGAAGGAGAAGCAUUGUGCUUUACAGCUCCAAAGUUACAAGCACCCUUCAACAAGCAUUGGAGAGUUUGAUCCUGACAGAAAAUUAGAGGGGGAGAUAUUUAAACUUGAGAUGCUGCUUGAAGAUAUCAAGGAGAAAAUUGAUAAGGGGUGCAAUUCACAUUCCUUAAGUUUGGUAUCAUCACUAUCACUCACCCCCUGUGAAUCUGUGAAUUCAAGCUGUCCUGAGAGUCCAAUGAUUUCAAGCAUUAGUGAGCCUCCACCAAAGAUUGCUACUGAAGUGAAUAUUUUUAACCAUGAGAAAUAUGGACAGGCCAGAAAUCCUAUGGAAAUUAUUCCACAGAAGAAAUCUCAGCAAUCCAGCUAUGGUGGCAAAUGUCAUCUCUUCCAUCAGGAGAAUUUUAACUAUUGGGCAAUGAGAUCUCCACCUCCAGCUAAUCCCGACAAUACGGGCAAUCAAAAAUCCAGCACAGCUGAUCUCAGUGUAUUGAAAGAACAAAGAGGCACAGCUUAUUCUGCAGAUCCCUACUUUCUUGAGCAGUUGGGAAAUCCUACAAAGGAACAUAAUAUUGUCAUACAUCCUAGACUGAAAAUACAGUUAUCAAGUAAACGAAUUUGUCCCUGUUCUUCCAGUAGAACUAAGAAUAUAGAGCAUAGAAAAGCAAACAGAGAAAAGUCAGACUGUGAAAGAUUCUCAAUUGUCUUAGAAGAAAAAGCAGUGGAUUUAUCAGAUAGUGAUACAGAAGACAUUUCAUUCUGUGACCUAAUGGGCAAUUCAAGCAACAAAGUAUUUCUGGAACAGAAGACUAGAAGUCAUGGGUCACGGAGAGUGGGUCCAAAAGAACAAAGCAAAGUCUUGCCACACAGAGAUUGGAAAACCCACUUCUAUAUGGAUAGCCAAAGAAAUGAUGAUAUCAAGGGAUGUUAUGAGACUGAACUUGCUUCUCCUCAAAAGAAAAGUAUUACACACCAGCCAUCAGAACAGUGGACAGACAGACUAUCUGAGAGACAAAAUCUACAUAUUCCCCAGACCCACUACUCAAGAAUGCAUAAUGCCGUUAUCUUUUCACCACAGUACCUCACCAGCAGGAAUACUCAUGGAAGGAAAUCAAUUAGUAAUCUGACAGACACACACACUACAGCCACAGAUAAAAAGAUCUUAAACUCCACUUUGGAUCUCAUUAUACAAACAGCAAACAACUUGAAAAAAACAACAGAACACAUGAUAAAAGUAGUUUCAAAAGAUUUAGCCAAAGCCAAAACGCAAACAUUUUCCAAUACUGCAGCCAGCCAGUAUUAAAUCUGAAUGAGUAUUGCGAGAAACGGAAAAAUACCCAUUAUAUCUGCAAAGAACAAAAUGCACAAUUUUCCUUUUGUACUAUCCAGGUGCAUUAAAUAAAUAUUUAUAAGAA